AUGGGUUCCCUAGGGGAGAACCGCGAGUAUGAUGCCAUACUCGUCGGUGCCGGUUUCGGAGGCUACACGAUGCUUCCUAAGCUGCGUAAAUUAGGGCUUCGAGCCAAGAUAUAUGAACGCGGGUCAGGCUCUGGAGGUGUUUGGCAUUGGAAUCAGUACCCCGGUGCUCGCGUCGACAGCGACUCGCCCACUUACCAGUUCUUCGAUCGGGAGAUUUGGGAGGAUUUCACCUUCUCUGAACGAUUCCCCGGGUUCCGCGAAUUGCAAAAGUAUUUUCAGCAUGUGGGGAGGAAAUGGGAUCUUCGAAAAGAUAUCGAGUAUCACAAGAACGUUACUUCCGCCCACUGGGAUGUCGAGAGUCGACGCUGGAUAGUCGGCUGUUCUGACGGUACAACGACGCGAUGCAAAUGGCUGUUCGCGAACGUGGGCUUUGCAGCCAAAGAGUACAAACCGUAUCUCAAAGGCUCUGCCGACUUUCAAGGCGAUAUGUUCCACACCGCUCAUUGGCCACACCACGAUGUCGACCUCCAAGACAAACGCAUUGCCGUCAUCGGGACCGGGGCCAGUGGGAUUCAGGUGAUUCAAGAAGCCGGUAAACUCUGCAAGCACCUCACGGUGUAUCAACGCACCCCUAAUUUCUGUCUACCUAUGCAGCAGCGUAAACUGGAUCCAGUGGAAGAACAGAGAAAGAAGGAUAGUGGCGUCUACGAGGCGGCUUUCAAAGCGUGCGAGAAGACCUCUGCUGGUGUACCGUACGACACGAAUGGCCGUAAGACCUUCGAUGACACCAGAGAAGAGCGAGAAGCGUAUUGGAAUCGCCUCAUACAAGACGGUGGCUUUAAAUUUUGGGUCGCAGGCUACAUCGACCUGAACUCGGACCAAAAAGCCAACGACGCCGCCUACGACUUUUGGCGUCGCAUGGUCCUUAAACGCAUCAAGGAUCCCCAUAAAGCCCAAUUGUUGGCGCCAGAGGUUCCGCCGCAUCCCUUUGGCGCGAAACGUCCGUCUCUAGAACAAAACUACUUUGAAGUUCUCAGCCAGCCGAAUGUCGACAUUGUGGAUCUGAACGAGUUUCCUAUCCAGGAAGUCAACGCAAUGGGGAUUCGGACCGCGGCGGGGCAAGUCGACGUGGACUUGAUUGUUCUUGCGACCGGCUUCGACGGCUUAACUGGUGGUUUCAUGGACAUCGAUCUCCAAGGAGUUGAUGGAAAGACCCUGAAACAAUACUGGAGUGACGGCGUCAAAACUUCCAUGGGCGUCGCAAUCCCCGGCUUUCCCAACCUGUUCUUCCUGUUUGGACCACAAGCACCAUCAACAUUCUCGAACGGCCCGACGUGUAUUCAAUUUCAGGGCCGAUGGUUCGAAAAACUCGUCCAGAAAAUGCUCGCUGAGGGCAUAGAGACAUUGGAACCCACGGAGGACGCUGCAGACAGCUGGGGGGAGAAGAUUUGGGAGCGAUGGGAAGCUACUUUGCUCCCUCGAGGCAAGAUGCGUACCAUCUCUGUUGCUCCAAAGGUGUCUUUGACUAACAUUUCACACAGCUGGUGGACCGGUGCAAACAUCCCGGGCAAGAAGGUGCAGCCCCUCAGCUGGGCAGGGGGCCUCCCUUCAUAUAUGCAGAUGCUGGAUGAGACUUUGGAGAAGGAUUAUCAGGGCUGGAUCAUUGGAAGACAGUCACGCGAGGUUUCUGGGUCGUAA